GCUCGUGAUGCUCCGCAGUAUGGCGCGGCACGGUUGCAUACCUGACACAGUGCUCUACCAGACGGUCAUCCACGCGCUGUGUGCCCAGGGUGGGGUCAACGAGGCUGCCACGCUCCUCGACGAGAUGUUCCUCAUGGGUUGCUCUGCCGAUGCCGAAACCUUCAAUGACAUCGUGCAUGGGCUAUGCACGCUUGGGCGUCUGCGCGAGGCAGCGAGGCUGGUGGACAGGAUGCUGGUAAGAGGAUGCGUGCCAAACGCCAUGACGUACGGGUUCCUUCUCCAGGGCCUGUGUCGAGCAAGGCAGGUGGAUGAGGCACGCACAAUGCUUGGGAGGGUGCCGGAGUUGAAUGUUGUGCUGUUUAACACGGUGAUUGGGGGAUGUCUGUCCGAUGGGAAGCUAACAGAGGCGACAGAGCUGUAUGAGAUAAUGGGAUCAAAAGGCUGCCCACCGGAUGCACACACUUUUAGUAUAUUGAUACAUGGGCUCUGCAAGCGUGGGGAGGUUGGUUCGGCCAUGAGGGUUCUUAGAGAGAUGGAGGAUAAGGGUUGCGCUCCAAACAUGGUGACCUACACGAUUUUGCUGCAUUCCUUUUGCAGGAAAGGCAUGUGGGGUGAUAUAAGAGCAAUGCUGGAGGUACUGUCGGCAAAGGGCUUGAGCAUGAAUUCGCAAGGAUACAAUGGAAUGAUAUAUGCUGUAUGUAAGGAAGGCAGGAUGGAUGACGCGAGGACACUCAUGCAAGAGAUGAAGUGUAAAGGUUACAAGCCUGAUAUUUGCACGUAUAACACAAUAAUUUAUCAUCUCUGCAGGAAUGACCAGAUCGAAGAGGCUGAGUAUCUAUUUGAAAAUUUGCUUGACGAGGGUGUUGUGGCCAAUGGAAUAACUUAUAAUACACUCAUUCAUGCACUGUUGCGCAGAGGAAGCUUGAAGGAUGCCAUAAACCUAGCUAAUGAUAUGGUACUUCAUGGCUGCUCACUUGAUGUUGUUACUUACAAUGGCCUCAUAAAAGCCCUGUGCAGAGAUGGGAAUGUUGAUCGGAGCAUGGCGUUGCUGACGGAAAUGACAGAAAACGGAAUUAAGCCAAAUAAUGUUACGUACAACCUCUUGGUUAGUGAGCUCUGUAAGAAUAGAAGAGUGCGUGAUGCACUAGAGCUCUCAAAGGAGAUGUUAAACCAAGGCCUUGCUCCUGACAUUGUCACGUACAACACACUCAUAAAUGGGUUAUGCAAAAUGGGAUGGAUGCGUGCUGCCCUGAAUCUCCUAGAGAAGUUACACAGUGAAGAUGUGUGUGCCGAUAUUAUUACAUAUAAUAUCCUCAUUAGUUGGCACUGCAAGGCGAGAUUCCUUGAUGAUGCUAAUAUGCUUCUGAACAGAGCAGUGGCUGAUGGGAUAACACCUAAUGAGCGUACAUGGGGAAUUAUGGUGCCAAAUUUUGUUAGAAAGCCACUUAGUUUUUUAUCUGACGAGGUUGAAGGUCAUUAAUUUGUUUUUGCUCUGCAUUGUAUGUUAUGGUUAGUUGUCAUGGGCUCAUGGCUUUUGGAAUCGCCACAACUUCAGAGGUUGUAAAGAUCAAAAUGGGAAGAUCAUGGUGUCCAUCAUAAUCUUCACCAUGUUGACCUGGUGUAUGUUCAGUGGAUGAUAGAUACAGUUACUCAGAUCCAUCUUGACAU